GUCUUAUUUCAUUGUUAACAUCAGGAAGAUUUACAACAAUGGGCGAUCCAACUGAUGCCGCUUCAAAACUUAAAGAUGUCUUUGAUGUGGAAAUAUAUUCCAUUGCUGUUGGGGACCUAACAGAUACUAAAGGCUUAGAAACGAUGAGGAAACUCGCUUCACACAUUGAAAAAGAACAGCAUUUCUUUCAAAUCAGCAAUGAUGAGUCUAAUUUGAGAAAGGUUAUGGAGAGUAUGAUCAAUGCAGACAGUUAUGACAUAUCUUGUGGAUCAACAAAGUCCCAUUUAACAGAUAUCUCAAAUCCAAAAGAAAAUAGAUAUGAAGUUAAUGCACAAAGAAAUGCUUGGCCAUGGAUGGUAAACCUUCGAACGACGACUACCCACAUUUGCGGGGGUUCUUUGAUAAGAGACAGGUGGAUCCUUACAGCUGCUCAUUGCUUCGAUGAUAAAGUGGUUUCAAAAGUUCAUUUUCGAAAACUUAUGUUGAGUGAACAAAAUGACUUCGAUGAGCGAGAGAUACUACCGAACAAUAUAUAUGUGCACCCAAAAUACAAAAAAGAGAAGGAAAAAGACAAACCUAAACAUCUGUAUGACAUUGCAUUAGUUAAACUAGAUAGGAAGAUCGACUUGAAACCGGAGCUGCUGCCAGUUUGCUUAUGGGACGAAACCAUUAAAAACGAAACUAAUCUAAAAUAUGAAAAACUUUUUGAGAAAAACUACGGUGUCGUCACUGGUUGGGGUAAAAGAAAUAUGAAGGGAGACUUUGCAGAAACGCUGAAACAAAUGCAAAUGGAAGUGAAAACAUCCAAGGAAUGUCUUGAUAAAUUGACAACUGACGAGAAAACUAAUGUCAGUAUGGAACAUAUGUUCUGUGCUGGUGGAAAAGAAAAUGACGAUGAAAAGAUCCAAAACAUAGACGCAUGCGAGGGCGAUAGUGGCGGUCCUUUUGUUGUUCGCCACCCCCUACAUGAAAACAAAUUCAUUCAGAUCGGGAUAGUUUCCUUUGGAUUCGGAUGCAAGAGAGACGGCAUAUAUGGAUUCUACACCAGGCUCACUGAUGAACUUCUAGAUUGGAUGAAUAUUAAAAUAAAGUAAAAAGACAACAUUAAUGUUAAAAAAAAAAUUCAGUACAAAGAAAGAAAGUGAUGGUGUGUUUUUUUCUAACAUUGCUACCACUAUGUUAUGCAUUUGAUGUGUAUUACUUUGCAAAGUACAUGUAUGUUUGUUAAUAUUGCUUAAAUAUUUUAGAUGGAUCAUUUUCAGUUCAUACUGUAUUUUUCUCAAACGGACAAAAAUAGAGUAAUGGAGUCGCUCAGCUUCAAAUUCAGAGUUAAAAGUAGAAUUAUAAACGAUAAAAAUGAGCCGCGUCACGACAAAACCAACAUAAUGCAUUUGCGACCAGCAUGGAUCCAGAUCAGCUUGUGCAUCCGCGCAGUCUAAUCAGGAUCCAUGCUGUUCGCUUACCAACCCUAUUACAAGUAGCAAAACUGAUAGCGAACAGCAUGGAUCCUGAUCAGACUGCGCGGAUGCGCAGACUGGUCUGGAUCAAUGUUGGUUGCAAACUCAUUACGUUGGUUUUGUCAUGACGCGGCUCAAGUUAAUAGCAACACUUCAAAUCUUGAUCAGACUUCAUGGAUAUGCAAUCUACUCUAGCUUUCUAAUGGUUGCAAUAAAUAACGCAUCUGGUUUCUGCAGGCUAAGUCAUAAUAGUCAAUUACACUGUAAUAAGUAUUAUGUCAACAUUAUUAUUCUAUUUAAGUAAACACCUGGUAAAAAAAGAGCUCCAUUUGUCGGACGUACACGAUUUAUCGCUCUGUUGCUAUUUCCGAACUAGUGCAUGUCGCCGAUUAAAGAGUGAACAAGUGUAAACCUUUCUAAUUAUGUAUUUUAUUUAAGACUGCAUCGAAUAUCAAAAAUCUAGUCAUUUGUAAAGUUGAUUAACCUUUCUCACGGGAAGAUAAAGUUGAUAAAUUAUGGUUAAGUUUCAGUUGAAUUGAAGCGGCGUUUCCCAUUUAGCAAAUUUAGUAUUGAAAUGAACACAUACGUUUAAAGAUGAUGUCAUGUCUAUAAUGCAAUGAAAAUUUUGAAAAAUUUCAACCAUAACUGUCAAGUUUGUAGCCAUCUCGCCCAGGAGAUCGCUCUUUAGUUAUGAGCAACUGGUUUAUUUACAAAAAUAUCCUACUUGACAGUAAAAAAGCAUACCAUUGGGUUUUUUUAACUAAGUACACAUACUGUGGCCUUUCUUGGAAAGCGUGAAUUAGUGAAAUAUGAAUUUUUAUCUUUUAUUUGGAGUUAUAAGUCUCUUUAAUUUUUAUAUUUUAUAACUCAUUUUUCCUUAUGAUGUUUUACUCAAAAAAUAAAAGCACUUCGUUUAUGACGAAACUUACUCAUGAAGCAGAAAUAAUUGGAAAUCAUAAUAACGAUACGUGGUCUGAGUUCGGACACUGUCACACGGUUACUUUGUUUAAACGUUGUACCAAUAUCCUUAAGACAUUUGGCACCAAGAGCUUCAUGUAAAUAUUAUUUUGACCGAAUGCCUUUAUCAUAACCCUUACAAUGAAAUGACAAUGUUGGAAUCACUUGUAUGUUCAUGUUUUAAUAACUACAACAUUUAUAUAAAACGUAAUUGUUUUUAAUCCAGAUUGCUGUUAAACUAAACAGAUAAGGUCAAAGCAUAUUCAAGAUGAAAAGAGUACAAUUUAACGAUAAAUUUGCUUACUGGGAAACGACACAAGAACCAAAUGAACUCAUCAACUUUAUGUUUAUGUGUUGCUUUGACAUGUUUAAUGUUUUGUGUCAAAAUUACUAUAAAUGUAUAAUAAUGAAGGCCUAAGUAAAUUAAAGAGUUGAUAUUUGGCAUCUUUUAUAAUGCUACAGGCAUAUUGAAAUGCAAGCCACCCAAAAAGCGCACAAUGACGUCGCCAAAUUAUACGUUUAUUAUUUUAUGUAUAUGAGUUAAUACUAGAAUCUAAAGAACAUGAAUGUAGAUACGUAACGAUGGUUUUGCUUUUGUACAUUUGCUAAAAUGCCCAUUAUGCCCAUGAAAUGCUAUAUGUUGCUUUUGAAAUAUAUGUUUUUCUAUAUAAUAAUUAAAAUAAAAGCUGUGAAAAUAUAUUAUUUCUGUUAUAAAUUUAUUAAUUUAAAAUAUAUAGUAUUUCCAAUAAACAAUUAAACCAAAAUAA